UUUCCUGUUCUAAAGCAGCAUAAUAGAAAUUUUUUUUCCUGCACCUCUGCCAGUUACUAGAGUGCAACGCACACAGAGUUGUGCAAUAAUAGUGUUUCCUUAAUUAAGAAACCUCUUACCUUUUUUUUAAUUUUUUUAUUCACAGAGUAGACAGGAGCUGGGAAAUUCCCACACUUAAAGGAGGGCACAUGAGGCUAGUAUUCAGCAGUAAGAGUAACUACACGUAUUCAGUACAUAGAUGUAUAAUAAAGAAGGGAUUUCUUGAACUGAAUAAUGGCAGGAUCUGUUUUGUCUUUCACUUCUGAUACUUCACUUUUUGAGGUACCACCUUCAACCAUGGAGAAUUUCUGUAAAAUGAUGGACUGCUGUGAUGGCGAUUUAGGCUGGAGAGGGUUGGCUGAACGUCUAUCUUCAGACUGGAUGGAGUUCCGUAAGGUUGAGAAGUACGCAGAACAGGGUAAAAGCAGGACAAGGGAGCUUUUGUGGAGCUGGGCCCAGAAAAACAAAACUGUUAGGGACUUGUUGAUAAUACUUCAGGAUAUGGGACACAAGAGAGCAAUCCAUUUAUUUAUCAACCAUGGAGCAAGCCUAAUAUAUCUGAAUGAGCAAAAUCAGAGCUUAGAUGGGGCAAAGAAAUCAACUUUGGAGAUUGGUGAAAGUCAAACAUUGGAAUAUAGAGAAGCAGAUUGCAUUCCUGGCUCUCAGCAUGAAGAAAAUAAUCAACUGCCAUUUAUGAGCUUCAAGAUGAUCAUAGAUGGAACUAAAGAUUUCCACAGUCACUUGUUGAUUGGAGAGGGGAAUUUUUUUGAUGUUUACAAAGCAGAAAUUCAUGCACAAACACGUGUUGUAAAAGUGCUUAAAAAGGAUAAAAAUAAGGAAGAUCUGAAACAGAGGGAGUUAUUGUUAUCUGAACUGAAAAAAAUUAGUAGAUUUAAACAUCCCAACAUACUGGAACUGCUUGGAUAUGCUUCAUCUGAUGAAAUUACAUGCUUGGUUUAUCCAUAUUUGACAAAUGGAUCUCUCUUUGACAAGAUUCAGUGCACUGGUAACAGUUUCCCACUAUCUUGGAAGACUCGCUUACAUAUCCUGUUUGGUGUUGCCAGAGCCAUCCACUUCCUUCAUGCAGUAAAACCAUGGCCAGUCAUAUGUGGAAAUAUAACCAGCAAAAAUAUAUUGCUUGAUCAGCAUUUUGAACCGAAGCUCUCAGAUUUUGCCAUGGUCCAUUUGAGGUCCUACCUGAUAAAUCAUAUUUACACCAUAAAGAUGGAUCAUGCCACCCUCAAGUUCCUGGGAUACUUGCCAGAAGAGUACAUUAGGAGGGGAAAUCUGUCAACUAAAACUGAUGUGUACAGCUAUGGCAUUCUUAUGAUGGAAAUUUUAACUGGAUGUCCAGCUGUGCUCAAUGGAUCCAAACACACAUAUCUGAGAGAUUUGCUGAGUGAUGUGAUGGAAACAGGUGGAGUUCAGAGCCUUCUUCAGUUUCUGGACAAGAAGGCCGAUACGUGGUCUCAGAGUGUUGCAGACAAGCUUUUGAGUUUAUCUAUCCAAUGCACAGCAUCACGAGUCAAGCUAAGACCUACUAUGGAAGAAGUUGUGGAAAGAAUAAAAAGUUAUGUGCAUGCAGAUCACCACAGUGAUGAUCAGCCUAAGUCACUGAAGCUGGUUCCACAAUCAGAUUAUCCUCAUAUCUCUAGGGGACAUAAAAAUACUCCAGUUGAGAGUGAUGAAAGUCAGGAUUUCAGCCUUGUCCAAAGAAAAAAAUCACUUGAAUCUCCCUGUGAAUGUAGUCAGUCUGAGGUAACAUACCUGGGAGCCAACAGAAAAACAGGGAUGGGCAAGAAUACCAUAAAGGCUAUCUCAACAACUCUACAAAACUCUUCUACGUAUACUGACUAUUUGCUACAGCAGCCUGAUCUGCCCUAUUCUAGAAGGCCGUUUGAGUGCAGUUGCUCAGCAGGACCAGAUACCACCACUUGUGAAGAAUGCAUGUCCAAUGGUUUUGGAUAUUACACCGCACCUAAAGCAACUUAAAGAUAUUAUAGAGCAUUGCUUGUUAAACUGGAAGCUGGGACCACCAAGGGGUCCCUUAAAAACAAUAUGGGUUUCCCAGAAGAUUUGUUAAUGUACUAUGAGUGUGUGUUGUGAGUGAGUGUCUGUGUUGUGAGUGAAUGUGCUUGUGUGUGUAUGUGUGAGUGUGUGUAUUUAUGAGCAAGUGUGCAUGUUUGUGUAUGAGUAAGUAACUUCUGUAUUUUGCGGUAGCCACAUAGUUAAUUUUGCACCUCUUCAUUGUUCAUCGCCACAUGCGGGAGAGAAGCCUACAUAAAAGGUUAGACAAUAAGUCUUACUGUUAGUGAUUAGCAAUGGCUACAAAAGUUAUAUUUACUUAUUUUUGCUAAUUCCCUCACUUGUGUGGUAUAUCGAUGCAAAAAAAGUAUAUGUGUCUGACAAGGGUUUGUUUUGGACUUUAUUAUAAUAAGUGGGGUGGGGGUCACAAAAUAUGUAAAUGCAAAAAAGCGGUCCCAGGUGAAAAAGUUUAAGAAGCUCUGUUAUAGAGAACUUGUUGCUAUAAAACAGGUUCUACGUUUAGGAAACAUUUUUUUCCAACCUAUGUUUACCUUUUUCUCUGUAACAAAGUUUGUUAUAGCUUGAAAUUAGCACAACAUAGCACAAAUUAGUGUAGUAUUCUAUAGGCACAAACAUGUUUCAGUAAUGAUCAUAAUGGGGUUUAAAAUAAUACAUUUCAAAUUUUACUUUAUAUGAGGCUGGAAGUUGAGAAAUAGAUAAAGUUAUGUGGUCUGCUGAUUUGCUUCCAGAAAGGCCAGCUGUUUUACAAUACACAUAAGCCAUUAUUCAAAACCAAGGGAGAUUGCCAACUCACAGCAACAUCUGCUUCAAAAUUUCAAGCCUCUAAUCAAAUUCAAGUGGACCAGACUGAUAUACGGUGGCUCAUUGCAAUAUUACACGGUUCAGGCAGCCAUAUUGGCUUGGAGUGCCAUUCAAAAAGCAAGUGAGAACACAAACAUGCUUGAAUUUCCACAUCUACUUGCUGGUGUCCACCUUUGCAAGCAAUAGAGGAAAUAGAGCCAGAGACCAGUGCAAAAAAAGUACUUGUUAUAUGCAAAAUUAAUCAUUUUAUUUUUGUUGCAAUUAAACAUUUAGGGCAAAAUUACAAGUUGAGCGUAAAAUAUUGCAUCUGCGAAAACGAUAUUUGUGCUCAACUUAGUAAUACCAGAGCACACUAAUGAGUGCUGGUAUUACAAUUGAGGUGCAAUGCGAAUGCGACCAUGCGAGCAUGCUUCCAUAGGCUCCAAUGGGAGCCUCGUUCUCAUGUCAUCAGAUACAGCAUAUAUUUAUGUGUAUAUACACAUAUUAACACGUAAAUAUAUCUGUAUAUAAGCAUAUAUACUGUAUAUUUACAGGGAACGUACAGUUCCUAUAGACCGCAAUGUAAAGGCACUUUUCAGUGACAUUUAUUUUCAAACACCCCACACCCGUCACUUUUAAUCCCUAAAAUCUGCUUAGUGCAGUUUAAAAAAAAAAAUUCUCAUCUGUUUAAUUUUCAAUAAGACACUGCAGAUUAUUAUUUUAUUUUUUUUGGGGGGGGGGGGGCAGUUGGGGCACAAUAUAAAAAUUAACCAUAGGUCUGACCUCUCGUUAAUUCUUUGAGCGUUAUUUGCUACAGCGAGCUUGCGGUAGCAAUAAACAGCCACUUGUAAUGGUUGGUUAUUUAUCGCGUGCCCAUAAACGUGCAAAUUUGCCCAUUUGCGGGAGCGUGAUAAAUUAGCACUCCACUUGUAAUGUCUUUAGGCACACCCAGGACCCCUUUAGUUAAAUUUAUGGUAAAUCCUAGCGUUUGUAAAAUGUUCAGCAUUCUGAUCAAGUAUGCAAACUAAAAAGUAUCAGUAUCAGUCCAUAUGUUCCCUUUUUUGCAUAAGAAAUGUAUUCUGAACAAGAAAAAAAAGUGGUUUACCAGAACCAAUUCCAAAACUUAAAAGAAAAUAAAUAAAUUUGGUUUUAAUUUGAUGUCCCAUUGCCCUGAACUGCUUCCCAGACACAACUGAAACCAUUAUAGUGAGGGGUGAUAUUAUAGAGACUUGUUACAUCCCAAGUAGUUAGAAAAAAUAAAUAAAACAAACUUCAGAAGUUUCAUAAAAACAAAACAGAUUGAAAAGAAAAUGUCAAAUUGUGUUAGUGUAACUACUUGCGAAUAAAUAUGAGAUUUUAUGAUAAAUAAUAACAUUAAUUGAUUUUAAAUUAAAUUUGUAGUGGCUUUGUUGGUUUAACCUAAAUAUAUUCACAUAUUUAGAUAGUGGAUGAAACAUGUUUAACAUUUGGUGAUAGGGUAAAUUUGGGGUUGAUUUCACCAUUUACUUGUCACAGUUUGUUCUGUAUCAAGCAGUAUGACUGAACCUCACAUAUUUAAAAAUAAUCUAAUUUGUUUUGUAUUUAUUUAUUUUGUGUUAUAGUUAAAUGUAUGUCUUUGUAUGUUUGUUAUUGAAUUAGUGCAAUGCAUUUAUAUGUAUAUAUUUAUUAUUGUGAAAAGCUCCUCUAAUGGUCAGCACAAUAGCAUUUUUGCACCCUCAUGAAUAAUUUUAUCUUAUUCAUAUGCAGGAAAUUAGGCCACAGUUCAGUUGGUAUAGUGCAUAUAUUGCUUGUUUAUUCAAUUAUUGCAAAUUACAAGGAUAUUUAUCAAGUUAAACAUUUUUAUAUAUUUUUUGCUGUAAACUGACAUUAAGUAACUGACAUUUUGCUCAAUAUAUUAUAUUUUAGAUCUGUACACAUCCAGUCAAUGUUUAUGAAAAAGAAGCCAGAUAAAACCCUCAGCAUUGGAUAUAUUGGUUUUGUUAUUUACAGAGCUACAACUGAUAAAAUCUAUUUUGGUCUAA